UCUCAGGUGAAACUCUCAGGCUAGACUCAUACACCUGUUCCCUCCCUGUGAAACAGCUACUGACCUGACAUCUCUACUUAAUUCACCUGGUUUCCUUACAGAAGACAUUGGAUAUGGGGUACCUACUUUGCCUGUCCUUGCUACUGUUAGGAGUUGCUGAUUUUGCAUCGUGCCAAUUUCACAGUCGUAUUGUCGGGGGGGAAGAUGCUGUACCAGGUACUUAUCCGUGGCAAGUCAGUAUUUGGUACAACCAUGACCAUGUAUGUGGUGGUUCCCUGAUCAGCGCACGGUGGGUCCUGACGGCCGCUCACUGCUUCCCAUCAGACCAUAAAAUCACAGACUAUGAGGUCAUUAUUGGGGUCACCCAGCUGUCGUCCAGUGAGAAUCAACAGCUCAUUUUUGUUGAAAGCGUGACGAAAUACCCCUACUACUCUGAGGACAGUUCGUUUGGUGACUUGGCCCUCGUGCUUCUGAAAAGCCCCGUGACCUUCUCUUCAACAGCUGCAGUCAUAGCUUUGCCGUCACAAGAUGUGCAGUUCCCGGCUGGCUUGUCCUGCAAAGUUUCCGGAUGGGGCCACACCAAGAUGGGAGUUCCUCUCAAGAACCCAAAGACGCUGCAGGCUGCGGACGUGGCGCUUAUCAGCCGCAGAACGUGCAACUGUCUUCAUCACAUCAAUCCCUCUGAAAACUCUUUAGGAUCCAUCCAGCAGGACAUGAUCUGUGCAGGGUCAGCGUCUGGGGCAAAAGAUGCCUGUCAGGGUGACUCCGGAGGUCCUCUCUCCUGUUAUAUAAAUAGCAAGUGGUACCUGGCAGGUGUGGUCAGCUGGGAGACGAAUGUGGCUCUCCGAACCGCCCUGGAGUCUAUAUCGCUGGUCAGCGUGUAUUCUAACUGGAUCAAGGAAAUCGUCCAAGAUGCUCAGGGCACAUUAUACCCUCUCUCUCUCUUGUGCACCGAGUGA